AUGGAUUCCGAGCCUUUCGAGAGAGAAAAGAACGUGACUUUUCUGGGGAUGAUGUACCAGCUCCUCCCACACCAAUCCGAAAAAGCUUCAUCAUCUUCUUCUUCUUCUUCCUUUGAAGGUCCUCAUUCUACUGAGGGCCUCUCUACCACUUUGUCCGAUCAGUCUCAGGAGUGGUGUCCCUGUGGACAUGCUCAAAGUUCUGUGCAAUUGCGCGCCUUUGUUGCUGGGAUCAUUGUUGGCUAUACCCUGAAGGGACGCGUUAAACGCUGGGCUAACAAGCUUCUCAAGAGGAUCAAAGACGAUUGA